UGUGGACGUCCUAACCUAUGAUGAGAAGACCUUGUCAGCCAUCUUAAGGAUCUGCAGCAGUGGUCUGGUCAAAUUGUGGAGCUCUUUGACCUUGUUCGGAGCCUAUAAAAACAAGAAAUGUGCCUUCAGAGUGAUUCAGUUUGAAAACAGAAGCAAGCGUCUGCUGAUGACAUCUGGAGAUGCUGAGGAUGUUGCCUGUGGUUUCUGGCCAUCGUGUCUGGUGGAGUGGCCUUCAGAGGAGACUGUGGCUAACUCACCUGGUGCCCGCAGGGCAGUGCUUGCAGCGUGUGCAUGUGAAGGUUGGAGACCGAGCCGAGCUCAGCAGGGCCUUCACAGCGCAGGACGUGGCUACCUUCUCAGAGUUAACAGGAGACACCAAUCCUGUGCACUUAAGUGAAGAUUUUGCAAAACACACCAAGUUUGGAAAGACAAUUGUGCAUGGAGUUUUGAUAAAUGGACUUAUUUCAGCUCUCCUGGGUACUAAAAUGCCAGGGCCAGGUUGUGUGUUUCUUUCUCAGGAAAUUAAAUUUCCAGCUCCUUUAUAUGUUGGAGAAGUGGUUUUAGCAUCUGCAGAAGUGAAAAGGUUGAAGCAGUUUGUUGCUGUUGUUGCAGUGUCCUGUUGUGUGAUGGAAAGUGAAAAGACAGUCAUGGAAGGCUGGGUUAAAGUUAUGGUCUCAGAAGGUUCUAGAUCCUGAAAUACAAAUGUAAGAUUGUAAGUUCAAACCUGCGCUCCUGUUAGCAAGCGCCAUCGGGGGAGGUGGGCUCUGCACUUGAUGAAGGAAUGCUGGCAUACCUG